GGAUCCGUCCCCAUGGGCCCCCCCGGGCUCCUCCUGGGGGUCCUGGGGCUGCUGGCCCUGGGGACAGAGGGGACGGUGGAGCCGCUGCCCGAGGACGCGGCGCAGGAGCACGGGUACUACCUGCAGCAGCUGUUCGGGCAGUACGGGGGGUCCAACGGGACCCUCCCCUCCGAGGGGCUGGCGCGGCUGCUGGGCAGCCUGGGGCUGGGCCGGGUGCGGGUGGUCCAGAUCCAGCACGAGGAGCUGGGACACGGACACGUCGCCCACCUCGACCUACUGGAGGUGCAGGAGGAGAAACACCGGCACUGGCACCCGGCCUGGGAGCACGGCGGGGACCCCAGCGCGCCCCCCACCCACCGCCCCCCCCAGGUACCGCUGCCCCCCCUCGCCCGCCCCCGGGGGGGCUGCUCCCCAUCCCUCGGCUCCCCGCCCUCCCCGACAAAAAGCUGGACGAAACCGGCGCCCACGGAGCCCCCCGGGACUCCCACAGCCCCCCGGCGGGACCAGCCCGGGCUGAACCUGCUGGGGAGGGUCCUGGGCUUGGAACACUCCAGCACCGACCACCCGCAUGACGAUUGCCUCAAUGUCUCCCAGCUGCUGGUGAAUUUCGGGCUGGAGGCGGGGUCUCAGCUGACCCCCGCGCAGUUCACGCUGCUCUGCCCGGCCCUGCUCUACCAGAUCGACAGUCGCGUCUGCAUCCAGCACCGCGACGAGGUGACGCUGCCGCCCCCCGGGGGGGACCCUGCCCUCCCCGCAGCGCUGGGCUGGGGGCUCCUGGCGGUGGCCGUGGUCAGCCUGCCCUCCGCCCUGGCCGUGCUGCUGGUCCCGCUGCUCAGCCGACGCUGCCUCCGCUCCCUGCUGGCCUUCCUGGUGGCCCUGGCCGUGGGGACGCUCUGCGGGGACGCCCUGCUCCACCUCUGGCCCCACGCCCAGGGGAGGCACCAGGAGACGCCGGCGGAGCCGGGAGCCGCGGUGCUGCAGGGGCUGGCGGUGCUGGGGGGCAUCUACCUGCUCUUCCUGGUGGAGCUGCUCCUGGGGAUGCUGCGGCGGCGCCGGGAGGACACGGGACACUCCCCCAGGGAGACCCCCGAUGUGGCCACAGAGGUCCUGGCACCAUCACGAGGAGGAGCUGAGCUGCAACAUCUGACAGAACUGGAGCCAGCGCUGGAGCUCAAGCCCCACGGACACCCCCACAGAUCCCCCCACGGACACUCCCACGGCCCCAUGCUGCCCCCCAGCCCCAGGGCCACUGACAUGGUGUGGAUGGUGGUCCUGGGGGAUGGGAUCCACAACCUGACGGAUGGGCUGGCCAUUGGUGCUGCCUUCUCCCACAGCCUCCCUGGUGGUCUCAGCACCGCCCUGGCCGUGCUCUGCCACGAGCUGCCCCACGAGCUGGGGGACCUGGCAGUGCUGCUGGGGGCGGGUACAGCCCCCCGCACCCUCCUGCUCCUCAACGGGCUCUCAGCCCUGCUCUCCUGCCUGGGGGCAGCCGUGGGGGUGGCCGUGGGGCAGAGCGCGACCCACCUCACCCCCUGGAUCCUCACCGUCACCUCUGGUGUCUUCCUCUACGUGGCUUUGGCCGACAUGCUCCCCGAGGCGCUGCGGGGGGCUGAGGGCCCCGGCCAGGGCACCUGGGGCCGGUUCCUCCUGCAGAACGUGGGGUUCCUGCUGGGCAGCAGCAUCAUGCUGGGCAUCGCCCUGGCCGAGGGGCAGCUCCGUGCGUGGCUCCAGCCCUGAGCAGCCCCAGCCCCACGCGGCGGGAACCAGAGCCAGCAGCGGCCGAGCUGGAGGGACAUGGGAGCCCCAAACCUGCCCCAGGAAUGGAGCUUCUCCCCUCCUCCAGAGACCCCCAGCAGCAGCAGCCGGGACAUCCCCCCCAGCCCCUCAAUCCCUGCAGGGAUGGGACAUGGGGUCCCCUCGGAGCCCCGUGUCCUGUCCCGGGGUCGGGGGCACCUGGUGCUCCCCAGGCAGGGGGUGCCAGGGGGGUUUGCCCGAGCGUUUCCCACUCCUGCUCCCCCAGGACCAGCCAUUAGAGAAAGGAGGACAGGAGAUAGAAGCAAUAGCAUUUUAAUAAACAUAAUUGAUUCAAAGCCACAAUAUGAACAACAGGACCUGGUCGCAACUUAUAUUGUAUAAAAUAGAUCAAAGUCUGAA